AUGAUCGUUGGAACAGGAAUUUCCGCGCUCAUUGAAGAGCCUGAGAAAGCCCUGAAGUUUGACCUCGAGGAAAUGAGAACCCCCGAAGCACGGUGGUAUCUGAGUUUGACUAGCAUUUCAGACGAGCUUGGCUUGCCUGGGUCUAUCACCAUCUUGCAAGAGACCCAGCCAACAAGGCCGGAACAAAGUCGAUCAAAGCCCGCACCAAAACCAAAGGCACAGGCCCAACAUCAAGGAACAAGCAAGAUUGUUGCCAUCGAAGAAAUCGAUGACAGCGAUGAAGAGGAAGAGGAGGAUGAUGAUCUCAUACCGUAUGAGAAACCAGACGACGACGCAUAUGAUUCCGAUGAUGACCCUACGUUAAUUCAACGAAAUAAACCAACAGCGCCUGUGUACAUCCGCGAUCUGAUCCCAGCCCUCAGAGACACCGAAAAUGUCGAACGGCAUCAUCUUGCCAUUACAACAGCCCCGUCCUUGAUUCGUCGCAAGAUUAGCUUUGGCACAGAACUUGCUGAACAAAUUGAGGAGCUGGCAUUGACAAUCGUUGGUCUUCAAAAUGACAACAACCACCCGACAUUCCAUGAAUCUCGUCUACAGAGUAUGAUCGCAUUGAUCGUAUCUCAUCCCUUCAAAAUGGGCCGCUGGUUCACUGCUAUCUAUUUCGACGGAGACCUGUCUCAGGUGCAAAGAUCUGCAGUCCUCACAGCACUGGGAUUAAGUGCUCGCGAGAUUGCUGGAAACGGGGAAGAUGAUUCCAAAGCACUGCGUCUACCUGACACUGGCGAUACAUCAUUCCCAUCCAAACGUCUGUCACCCUCGUUGGAGGCAAUGUAUUCGGGCACCGAAGAAUCGCCCAUUGCAACUCUCACACGUGAAAUGUCACGAACAUCGUUGCAACCACUCGCAGCAAACGCAGCAGAUGCAAUGACGGGUCCGAAUGCUCUGAAAGUGCGCACAUUCUCAUCACGCAUGGAAGUCGAAAAGAAACGCCAGCAGCGUGAUACUCAGCGUCAAAAGACAACAAUCAAGGAUCUGCAUAAAGUGCUGGCUGAGGGUUUCUUCUUCCCAAUGCAGGGUCGAUUCGAAAUCAUGAUGCUACACCUCUCCUCAUCGGCAUCCUCUUCGUACAACCCAUUCUUCAUUCCUCAUCUCCUCACCCUAUUCCUCCAAACCCUCACUCUCAUUCUCUCCACGGCAGGCCCCAGUACCCCCUUCCUGCCUGGUCUAACUCAUGAAACCCUCUCACUUCUUCUUCCACUCCACACGGCCUCAGCAUCCAGCGAGCCAACCGUAACCGUCGCCCUACUAUCUCUGUUCCUCGCCCUGGUGGAUCUCAAUAUUGCAUCAGGCUCAAACGGCGAAGAACGUCUUGUGACAGAGUAUGCGACACAAGUAAUCGAGCUGCGCGAGUGGGCCUCUCAGGUCUUCGACCGGACGCCUCCCUCUGCUGCGCGCGCGGAUCCGGCUUCUGCCGUCAGUGAUCCGCAGGAGCAGAUACGUACACUCUCAGCUGGUGUUAUGGUGCGUCUUGGUGAGGUCAUGGAGCGAUACCAGGGCCGAUUAAUGGGUGUGCAUUCUGGAUUCAGCUACUAG